AUGCCUUCUACUGCGCAUACAAGGCUCCACAGAGCAAUGCGGGCGUCAUUCCCUAUUCAUGAUAGUCAGCACAAGAAAGGCCAUUAUAUGAUUCAUUACCUCCAUGCAUGCACCAGGCGGGUCCAACGAUAUACCAGAGCUUCACCACGCUCCCCCAGAUCUCUUGAAGCACAUGAGAACCAGGAACUUGAGCGGGGGAUCAAGGCAUCCUUGAUGUCUUAUAGGACUGAGACUCAACAAUGUAGCCAGAACAUUAACACCUGCACAGGGUCAGCUAUGGAUAUUGACCCACCCCUGCAUUCGGCCAGUGGGACAUAUGGAUGUGUAGACACCACUAUGGAAGAUGACGAGUGUAAGGUGGGGCCCCUCACUGUUGUCCAGCAGAAAACAUUGUUGAGGGAUCCCCGUACUAAGCAGGCGCGCGAGCGCAUGCAUAUUGCACUUCAAGCUGCACUGCUAGGCAUCAAUGUUGAUGAGAUCAUGAAGUGUAAGCAAAGGUCAAUGGCACAAACUCAGACCAAUGGCGGUGGCAAUAACAUAGGCCAAAUAAUAGAUGACUAUCUCAUACUAUCUGCAAUUGCAUGUCACAUCGUGAAUGGUGUGACAUGUACAGUCCGAACACUGGGAACUGCACUGAGCACAACCUCAAGGGGCUUCAAACCAGUCUCUAGGAUAGCAUGUACUACGGUAAUGCCAGGAGAAUAUCUUGAAACUGAGCAGAAGAAACUCUAA